AUGGCUUCCGAAAAGAAACCUUCCAUCACAUUACAGCCAUCAACUCAAACAACCCACAGGGACAGUCCCUCUCCUCACGGACUAAGACUACGUCCACUCGGUAGGGCGUCAACCUUUGCCGAGGACAAUAACCGGUCGGGACGCCGAUCAAGCUCAUUCAUCUCUGAAACAUUAUCUGAGACGCGAAGGUCCUUGCGAACAUCGACCGACGAUAUCCUUCUCCCACGUCUGAAGGAUGGCGACGACAUUGUCGACAAUGACGAGAAUUCUAAUUGGCAGUCUCUUCCUCUGGGCCUUGCGCUGCUACCGGCAGUUGGAGGGUUGCUGUUUAAGAAUGGGAGCGCGGUGAUUACUGACAUUACGUUAUUGGGUCUUGCCGCGAUUUUUAUGAAUUGGGCGCUCAGGUCACCAUGGGAUUGGUAUCGAGCUGCACAGACUCAGGCUACACCUGGCUCGAGUACUCCGCCGGUAUUCACGCCCGUAGAUGAAGAAGACGACGGUUUGGAGCCAGCAGGGAAACCUGUCGGUGGCGAAGGGCCGACCCUUCCGUCAAGUCCCAAGAGCGUCGGUUUAGGUGGUCUGCAGGCUGAAAAGGCUGCCGCGAGAAAAGAACUACGCAUUUAUGAACUUGUUGCGCUGGUGUGCUGCUUCACCUUUCCGUUGCUGGCAGCCUGGCUACUUCAUGGCAUUCGAUCGCAACUAAGUCGUCCGUCUGAGGGUCUAGUUUCUGACUACAACUUGACUGUUUUCAUACUGGUGUCCGAGAUUCGGCCGCUUUCUCAUCUCAUAAAGAUGGUACAGAAAAGGACACUUUUUCUCCAGCGCAAGGUCAGCUCUGAUCUGCUGGCUGAUAGCAGAAGAGUGGACAAUCAGCAGCUCAGAGAUCUCUCGCGUCGACUCGAGGAACUGGAGGCCCAUGUCGCAGACGGGAUUGACGCCGAGACGCCACAGAUCCCGGAACCUGUCGGCAAGGCUCUCGACGCAAAGAUACCGGCCGUGGUGCGGACAGAAGUCCAGAAGACGGUGCAACCUGAAGUAGAUGCACUCAACCGAGCUAUGCGCCGGUACGAGAAGAGGACCACUAUCUCGGCUGUCCAGUUCGAGGCGAGGCUGCAGGAGCUUGAAGCACGACUGAACGAUGUCGUGUCUUUGGCUGCCGCUGUACAACGGAAUGCCGAUCGGAAGACGGAUAGCUAUCUCCUCACCUUGACGAACUGGGCGUGUGCAACUGUGGUCGUCCCUGCGCAGCACCUGCUCCACCUUUUGACUCUGCCCGGCAGAAUAGCCAAUGCAGUUCUCGCAAUGCCGAAACAAUUCUUCUCAAAGUCGACAAAGUCGUCUGGUCCCAAAGAUGCUCGAGCCGCCAGGAGAAGCGCGCCUCCUCGCACCCCGGGUGACCGCGAAAAGAGAAUCAAGGGGUCUCCACUGACUGGGGGCUAG